GUCAACUGGCCACGACAUAGUUGCAUGAACUUUGAACAGGAAAGAAAUUGAAGAGAUGCCUCGCAAAUCGACGAAACCUGCGUCCGUGUCGGCGUCUAGAAGCUCUUCUAAACGACCAGCUCUAGGCUCGCCGACACGACAAUCUAAGAGAGCAAGAGCUACAGCAGGCAAAUCGUAUGUUGAGCCAGAUACGGACGCAGAAGAUGCAGCCAACGAUACAGCCUCUGACACCAGAGCAUCCGACUACGAGGAUCAUAGCGACAAUGAUGCAGCGACUGAGUCAGAACCUGACGCAGAAGUUACCGAUGAGGAAGGCUAUUCUGAGAAGGUGACACCGAGGGGACGUCCAGUGAAGCAAAAGACUCUUCCCUUGCACAAGAAACACAACGUUGGUGAGAAAGAUCUGUGGAAAUCUGGAGCGAAGCUUGAGCCUGGCACUCAAGUUAUCAUUAAGAAGCCAAAGGCUCGAGAAGCGGGAAAAACUCCAUAUACAGACAACACCAUUCACCCAAACACGCUGUUGUUUCUGAGAGACCUUGCAGCUAACAACGACCGCCAAUGGUUGAAAUUGCACGAUCCGGAUUACAGGGUAGCAUUGCAGGACUUCAAUACCUUUCUGGAGAACCUUUCAGAGAAGGUGAUCGAGGUCGAUGAAACGAUCCCAGAAUUACCAGUGAAGGAUAUCAUAUAUCGGAUCUAUCGAGACAUUCGCUUCUCAAAAGACCCGACACCGUACAAGACAUAUUUCUCUGCUGCUUGGUCGAGGACGGGUCGCAAAGGUCCAUACGCAUCGUACUAUGUUCAAGUUCAACCUGACGGCGGAAGUUUUGUUGGUGGUGGAUUCUGGCAGCCGGAUGCUGGAUCACUCAGCAAACUACGACACGAUAUCGAUCACAAGCCACACAAGAUGAAGCGUGUCUUGACUAACGCGGGUAUUCGAAGAUCGUUUCUGGGAGGUGUCGCGGAGGACGAGAAAGAGAUCAUCAAGGCUUUCGUCAGCUUGAGAGCAAACCAAGCGAGCGCCUUGAAGCGUAAUCCAAAAGGAUAUGAUCCUACGCAUAAGGACAUUGAUCUUCUCCGGCUAAGGAGUUUCACCCUUGGUCGGAAACUGUCAGACGACGAAGUUGUUGGACCCCAGGGCCUGGAUCGACUUGCCGAGCUCGUAAAUUGCAUGGUUCCCUGGAUUACGUACCUCAACAGCAUCGUCAUGCCUGACGACGAGCAGUCGUCCAGCUCAAGCGAAGAAGCUGAGAGCAGUGGAAAUGACGAUGACGGCAACGACGACAACGGCGCUGAUGAGGGCACGGAGAGCUGAGGACAGCUCACCAGACAGACCGAACGACGUCGUCCUGCGGCGUGGUUCUUCCUCGAGCUGCCGGACUCGCAAAAGGGCAGAUUGGAUUGGCCGAUGAGUGGAAAUGGGGUGGGUGGCGUGGCAUCACAAGCGCGAAGUCCGCCAAUAAGCGCAUGUACAAUCGAGGUGGAGGUGGCGGCAGCCGCGCUGAGUGGUCAUUUAAAGCGAGCCCGUAGAUAACGUGACCAUUUCCUCACGCAGCCAAGACGGG